AAAGUCCUCAAUGAUAUCUUUCGCUUUCCUCCUUUUGCCACUUAAUUUUGCGAAACAAUAUCUGUUUGGUUGACUUGUUCUGUUUAAAAUUUCAGGAAGAACAAGCUUCAACUAGUGAGGCAUCAUCAUCAUUGUCAUCCCAACAGCAACCUCAAGUACAACCUUCAUUAGAUGAUUGUUUGAACUUACGCAUAGGAGAAAGGGAUGAGCAGAGGUUAGCGGGUCUACUUCUAGUUACCAAGUUUUGCAAUAAAGAUGACCACGCCUCCAUUCGUAAGGUUUACGAUGCCGAAUGGGGAAAGGAAGUGAUGUCGGGGGCAAUAAUCGUGACGUCUACUUGCAGUUGUCAAUCACAGUUCUUUCAGCAUUUUGUAGAGUUCCCCAGAUUGUAGCCUCUGAAAAUAUGGUUACUAAGAUUCCUCUCAUUGUAGAGACAAUGUCAAAAGAACCAGGAUUACCCAUCAUUGAAGACUGAUAUGAAUAUUUGUUUUUGGUCUCAACAGCUAAUGAAGAAGGGGUUAAAACCUUGUACAAAUCUGGUGGCUUGAAUGUGCUAGCUUCACAAUUGAUGAUUCUACCAGAUGGGUCUCAUAUGAUUGAACUUGCAAUGAGACUUGUGCAAAUCAUUGUCAUUAAGCUACCCUCAGAAAUUGUUUAUUCUGAGCAUCCAGCUGACCUGGCAACGGUGGUGUCUGCAGUGGCAAAGCAGUUUGCUGUACUGCAGAAUUCACUGAAGUUUGAAGCACUUCACCUCCUAUCAGCUAUCCUGUCCAACAGAUAUUCUGCACCUGUAUAUGAUGCGCUUUGCUUAAUGGGAAAUGACGUUUGGUCGAGAAACAUGCAGAUUGGUAUUGUGGCCAUCUUGCAAAAUCGAGUUGCGCCUUCACAUAAGCUUCAGGCUCUUUUUCUGGCUGAGUGUGUCAUAUCAAUUGUCGGUGAAGGGUGGCUUAUUGGGGAGAUAAACUUGACUGGCUCUCAGGUUUCCCUGCCUGCUGACAGGUGUAUUCUGCUUGUUUUGGAGUCAUCAAGGGUUGAAAUUGCUGUUCUUCUGAAUGACCUGGCACACCUAAAAUAUGAAGCCUCCAAGGCGUCCUCAAAUAGAGAGAACAUUCUUGUGAAGCAAAGGAAUCUUGGUGUAGCCUUCUCUUUGGUUGAAAAAAUAAUUAAACUUAUUUCUAGUUUUGGUGGGGAAGAGUCAGCUGCCAAUGCUGUUACCAGUGAGAGAACUUUCACAAAAAUCAUUUGUGGGCUCAAUGAGACAAUUGGUGCCGUUCUGGACUAUCUACAAGAUGCUAAGGAGCAUGGACAGAUGAAAGGGAAUGAUCUUCUAGCGGCAGUGCGAGUAAUCGGAAGCUCUCUUGCAGAAGCACCAGAUGCGUGUAAAGAUAAGGUCACAGAACUCCUAGCUUAUAUGCUUGCAAUUGAAGGGGAAGAUGAAUUGAGACCUUUUUAUUCCAUCUGUUUUUUGCUUCCAAUGCUGUGUCAAAUAACUCUUAAGACUGGAGGAUGCAAAGUUUUAGCUUCCUCAGGUGCAUUUAGAGAAGUUGUUGGUUACCUCAUUGCUUUGAUUGAACAAAACAACUAUACAUCUGAGGAUAAUGGUUCUAUAUUCUUGGCUUGCGAUACAAUUUUGAAUCUUCUUCUAAAGCGGGAGCAAAUUAAAUUUCCUUUAGAUGAUCCCAGUUUUAUCAGACUUUUAGUAGCAUUAUCACAUUGGGCAGGGAUGUCAGAGAAACCUAAACGAAGUUCUGGUUUCAUAAUCACCUGGAUGGAUUUCUGACUUUAUUUACCUAUAUAACCGGUAUGUCUUGAUGUCAAUCUGAAAUACAUUUAUGUUAAAAUAAAUGAAGAGCCGUUAUUGAGUAACAAAUUGCUCCUCCAUAUCAUCACUAAAUUUUCAGUCAUUUGUGACCACAAAGAAUGUAACACUUCUGUGUAUCUCUAAAAUUACUGAUCAAAUUGCACUAGAGGUGGUAGACGCUUGGUUUCUCUCUCCUGAGAUGUACUGUCUCAACCAUCUUUUACUUAAUUGGUUUUUGGUUGCUUUCCAAAGGUUGCUGAGAUUGAUAUAUUUGCAUUCCAGAGAGUUAUGGAUGAUGUAUCUAUUAUCAUGAUGGCAUCAAGCAUCGGUUCACUUAUACUUGAGUUGACAUCAGAGGAAGCUCUUCUAAAUCAUCCAGACUUCAUUAGUGGUAAUAUUAGUAGUCUGUCGAAGCUCAUUGAACGAAGCUUUGGGAUGUGUGGUCAGGACUUGAUAUCUGAUGAUGCUAAAGCUGAAGUAGAUCUUUUUCAGAUAAUUACCUCAGCAUAUUCAUCAUGGGCUGAUCGGUUUCCUCGCAUUAGACAAGCUAUCGAGAGCUCAGGGUCUUUUCGAUUUCGACAUGUUUCAUAGGACUGUUGUUCAUUUGAUGAGGCAAGUGCGUUAUGGAGCAUAUGAAUGUUGAUGAGGUCACUUGUCAUUUUAAUUGCUAUCUUCGCUUUUACUUGUUAGUGUUUUUCUAGUAUAUUGUUAAUCCUUAUGAAUAUUGCAUUGACUGAACUUGUUGAGGAUGUUCAGCUCUAAGUCUUUAACAUGGCAUAUGAGGAGGUUUCUUUGUUUUGUCAGAAGUAAACUGAUUUAUGCAAAUGAGAAGAAGCAAUCUCUCUUUCUGAUUGGUUCUUGUUUUAUGUCCCCUACUCAAUACUAAAACAAGAUGGAUGUAUUGAAUCUCUUCAAAAAUAAGAUAUAUCUUGUUUUAAACUA